UUUCAUGGCAUUCUGAAUGUAACCGUCACGAAGAAGGAACAAGUUAGUACAUGUUGAAAGUUUGGGACAAUUUAUAUUUGUAUCUAUUUUAUUAUAAAAAAUAAAUAAUGUCUUCAAGUGACAGUUCCGUUAUUUUCGAUGACGAUGAAGAGACUGACUUUGAAGAUGAAGUGUGGCGUGCUCAGAGAUUUGGCAAUAACAGAAAAAAAACUAACAGAAUUAUAGAUGAAUCAGAUGAACCUGACAGUUCAUCUGAAGAAGAUGAGAAUCUGGAAAAUUUGGAAAAAAAUGGACGAUUAACACCUAGUAUUCAAAAAGCUAUUAGACGGAGCAUAUUUAAUUUAAGUUUGUCAAAUUCAGAUCAAAUAACUGAUGAUGAGGAAAUAGGAGAAAACAUAAAUAAUAAAAAUCAUUCUGAUGCCACAAGUCAAAAUGAUGACAGGGGAGACAGUGAUGAUAAUGAACAAUCACAAAAUGAAGAUGACGAAGAAGUAAAUUAUAAAGAAACUCGAGAAACAAGUGUUAAUUCGGUGCGAUCAAUUUCGGAGUCUUCUCAUGAACACAUUGAUUUAACACAAGAUUCCUUUCACGAAAAUGAACAAAGAAAAUCUGGCAGCUCUCAUAGAUUUUCGAGUCUUCUAGAAGAAUCUCAUGAAAUUGAUACAGCAGAAAAAAAUGAUCAUAAUACAUCAAAAGAUACAUCUAAAUUACUAGAUGGCACUUAUUCAUCGGCAGAAAAUUCUGCAGUAGAAUUCGAAAAAUCAUCUUCUGAAAUUGAAGUAAUAAGGCCCAAAUCGAAUCAAAAAAGAAUCGAUUUCUCUGCCAGUUCUUUCGAAACAUCACACAUAGAUUCAGCUACUGAGGAAUCAAUUAAUGAAGAAGAGCAUCCAGAAGUUAUUAAUGCAGCUAAAGAAGAACUAAAUGGGACUACAUUGGAUCAUAAAUCUGCACAGAAAAAAGCCCUUCUUAUUCACAAAUUGAAUAAAAUUAAUGUCGACCUUCAACAUAUGAACAUAAUUGCUUCAAAUAAAGUGCAAAUGUCUCAUCUUCCUGAUAAAGGUAGAAAACUGCUCGCCUCUAUUGAAAGUUUAUUAAAAGAACGUGAAGUUACGAGAGCUAAACUAGAAAAAUUGGAACAACUUGAAAACACAAAUACUAUUCCACCGCAAAGUAACUUAUCGAGACUUCGAGAUGAACUUUUACAAAAAAGUUAUGGUUCUCCUCCAACACCAUUAGGAUCUUCUGCUGAAUAUUCAAGAUCUCAGUUGGAAUCACCAGAAGAAACUCGUAUAAAAAUUUUAAGCAAACCAACUCUAGAUCAUAACAUAGAUAAUCUUGGAAGAAAAGCAUUAAAAACAUUGGAAACGCAGCAAGCUUUAACAGUUGACCGACUUCAAGAUCUUCAUGGUUCUUUAGUUACUCGUCCUACAGAAAAUGAAGAAGCUCCAGAUCCUCGAGGACUUCGUGUUAAAUUAAUGCCUCAUCAGAAACACGCAUUAGCUUGGCUUCUGUGGAGAGAGAAUCAAAAACCAGCUGGUGGGGUAUUAGCUGAUGACAUGGGGCUUGGAAAAACUCUCACAAUGAUAUCUUUGGUCAUGGCUACGAAAGAUGAUAGUCUUAGUGAUGAAGAAAACGAAGAUGAUGAAUGGAUUCAUCGAAAAAAAUCUACUAAAUUUUCCGGAGGAACUCUAGUUGUAUGUCCUGCAUCAUUAGUGUCUCAGUGGGCCGCUGAAGUGAAAAAUCGCUGCAAUACCGGACAGUUACUUGUUGAAGUUUAUCAUGGAAAUAAUCGAACUAGCUCAGCUCGGACUUUAGCUAAAAAUGAUAUUGUUAUUACUACAUACCAACUUCUUGCUAGAGAAAUGAAAGCCAAUGCACACAACAAAAUGCUAACCAUCACAUGGAAAAGAGUAAUAUUAGAUGAAGCUCACGUAAUAAGAAAUCACAAGAGCCAAACAUGUGAAGCAGUUUGUAAUUUAUAUGCACGAAAACGUUGGGCAUUAACUGGCACUCCUAUACAUAAUAAAGAAUUAGAUUUAUAUUCUAUCCUAAAAUUCCUCAAAUGUUCUCCAUUCGAUGAUCUUAAAGUCUGGAAACGAUGGGUUGAUAAUAAAAAUGCUGCUGGUCAUGAACGACUUGCUACAGUAAUGAAGUCAUUGAUGUUGAGACGUACUAAACAAGAAUUGAUGAUAAAAGGUCAACUUGAAACAUUACCAGAGAAAUUUAUCGAAGAAAUCAGUAUUGAUCUGGAUCCUGAAGAGCGCUUAAUUUAUGAAAAACUACUAGUUUUUUCUCAAACACUGUUUGCUCAAUUUUUAGCUCAGCGGGCUGAGAAAGAACAUAUGUUUGAAAUGGGCGCUGGGAAGUUUGAUAGACCAUUUAUGGAAACCUCUACAAUAUCUACAAAGUUCAAUAAAGCACAACUUGAGCUCAUGCGUCAACAUAAAGAAGUCAAGUCGCAUAUGAUUUUAGCACUUAUUUUACGAUUACGUCAAGUCUGUUGUCAUCCAUCUUUAAUUCAUUCCAUGUUAGAUAGAGAUGAUAUUGAAUCAAAUGAUUUGGAAAAUGAAACAGGUCAAGGUGAUUUAUUAUCACAGAUGAAUAAAUUGACGCUUCAUGAUGCAUCAACAGGAGAUAAUGAUGAAGAUCUUGGACUUGAUGAACGAGUUAAAGAAAAUUUAUUAACAGCGGAAAAUCCAGUUUUUAAGCCUGAUAGAAUGAGUUCCAAGUUUCGAAUUAUUAUAAAAAAAGUUAAAGAAAUUUUAGCUAAAAAAGAAAAAUUAAUUAUUGUUUCUCAAUGGACAACAAAUUUAAAUAUUUUGGCAAACUUUUUAAGCAGCAUCAAAGGUGCUACUUAUAAAAUGUUCACUGGUUCAAUUGCUAUCAAGAAUCGUCAACAAAUUGUUGACGAUUUCAAUGAUCAAUCUAGUGGACCGCAAAUACUUCUUUUAUCAUUAACUGCUGGUGGCGUUGGCUUGAAUCUCGUUGGUGCUAAUCAUUUGAUGUUAAUUGACAUUCAUUGGAAUCCACAGCUUGAGUCACAGGCUCAAGAUCGAAUUUACCGGUUUGGACAAAAAAGAAAUGUCUUCGUUUAUAAACUUAUUUGUAAUGGUACAAUUGAAGAAAGGAUAAAAAAUUUACAAGACCGUAAGUUAUCACUUGCAACUAAUGUUCUGGGUGGAAGUGGUAAAGUGGCAUCUAAACUCACUUUAGCUGAUCUCAGAAGUUUGUUUAACAUGUAAGAUAAAAUUUAAUAUCCAUAACUAUUAUUUAAACCGAUAUUUAAAAAUAUCAAGAAUUAAGUAUCUUUAAUCUAAAUUGUAUUCAAAGGUUUUUUUUUUAUUAAUUAAGAACACAUUUCAUACAAAAGUGAAUUAUUGUAAAUAAUUAAUGCUUAACUAGAGCCAUAAAGUUGAAUAAAAAAAAAGCUUACUUGGAUUAAAAUUAAAAAAAUAUUAUAUACUUUUUAUCGAUGUAUACUAUUCCAAAUUCCGUAGAAGAAAUAGAUAAUUAAUCCUAUAAAUACAAAAAAUAAAUUUUAGUAAUUAAGAAAAAAAAA